AUGGCCGUGGAAGGUUCCUUGCUUGCCCAUUAUCCCAUGGACCAAUUAACCCAUCCGUGGCAGCUUCCAUCCAUUCCAGGGUACAUGAGCAUACCGGAAAAUAACUUUUCAGACUUCAGAAUAUUUGAACCCAGCAAGAUCGAAGCCUAUUCGCCAUCCCCAGCCCUCCUGCAGGCGAUGAUCCCGCAGUAUGUCCAGCCUCGAGACACAUACAAAUCAUCCUCCUCGAGCGAGUCCGUCGACUCAACACAUAGCAGACACCCGUUGUUGGAUUCGCUGUCGAGUUUCGUGUCACUCGAUCGCCAACAGACCUUGCAUCGCCUAUCCCUCACGCCGACCGAAUCAGACAACGACACAUACCGACCCCGCAAUACACCGGUCAGGCGGCGGAAAGCCACCAGGAGCCGGAUUACGCCUCGGUCGAACAAGCACGCCAGGGAACUCGAGCUCAACCGGAAAGCGGCGACUAAAUGUCGCAAUCGACAGAAAAACUUUGUGGAAAAACUGCAAAAGAAAUGCCGCUACGAGGAGGUAAAGAUGCAUGAGCAAUCGACGCUGGUGCACGCCUUGCAUGACGAGGUAGCCGUCCUUCGGAAAGAGGUAAUGAGACAGAGUUUAUGUGGAUGUCAAUCUCUGCCAGUGUUGUAA